CAGGUGAGACUUGCAAUGUAUGCAACACUGGUCCGCGCCCCGCCGGCCGCCCCUGCUGGCCUGGCAUCCCCCGCUCAACGCCAUCUAUUGAUAAACAUUGUAAUCACGCUCCGUUACGGGGUAUCACGGAGCAUCAUGGCCUUAUCUCGAUUAUUUGCCGCUUGUAAGACUUGAAAACCUCCCGGAGCGGCGUGGAGGAGGAUGCAUGGCACUUGCAGAAGAAAGAUCCUGAACUGUGAAGCAGUGAUCUGAUCUGGCAAUAACUGUUGAAUCUCACACCAGUGAUAAAUCUCUCAAUACUCAGCAGUCAAACAACAUUGACCAUGGCAGCUACAUGAAUCCUUAUCCAGUGAUAGUGUUAAGACCUUGAUGGACAGUGUUUAUCGUCUCGUUACUUAACGUAAAUAGAUAUUAAGGAUGCUACCUUAGUAGAGCUUAAAGUGAGAGAGUGCAAAUAGAAAUGGUAGUAAUGUAUGUUCGGUGUAAGAGAAAAUGAACUCGAUGCACAACAGUUUUGGUGGGUCUGGAGGGUACCCGGGGCCCUACCCUGGCUAUGUGCCACCCCCAGCUGCCCUCCCCUACUACAACGGCUACCCAGGUGACCUGACUCAAGUAUCCAGCCCCUAUUAUGGCAAGCCAACUGCCGUCCCUCCAGGUUAUUCCUCAGGCAUGGGCAGUUACUCUGCUCCACCCAUCAAUAACUCUUCUAUGUACUAUCAGCAGUAUGGGCUGGGUUACCAGUACGGCUACACAAAAUAUGGUCUGGGUUCGGGGCUGGGUUCGAGCCUGGGCUCCAAUCUUGGCUAUUCUUCAGAGCUUGCAGGAGCCUCUGGCAUCACCCCACCAUCCCUGGGUGGUCUACAGGCUCCUACCACUGACCUUGGGCUAACUGGCUCAAUGUUUUCUAAAGGAAAAUUUAGUGGAGGACAAGGAAGUCCUUCACCUCUGGCCAGUGGAUUGGGAGUGGGCCAUGGGAGCUCAUCAUCUCUUCUGUCACCUGUUACUUCCACUCCUCCAUCACCGGGUCCACACAACUUAACAGGUAGUCUUGGUGGCACUGGAGCAACACCAAGCCCACCAGUAGACGUCAUUGAAUCCAAGAAAGAUUUAGACAAAAUGCGCCGCUGUCAGGUGUGUGGUCAGGUGUUCCGUCUGAUGAGUGAAUGCUUAGCACACAUGAAGUCUGUUCAUGCAGUACAUGAACCACCACUCAGUAUGUACAGCCUGCAACAUGGUGCAGGGGGUCAUCUUAGUCAGUCUCUCUCUGCUACUUCCUCAGGAGUUCCAUCAUCUCUCACCUCUAGCUUAGGUCCUCCCAACAACACCAGAACAGGUGGAGUGGGUGCCCCAGACAGUCCUCUUAUGGCAUUAGAACGUAUGGGAUGGGGGGAAAAACAGGGCCUACUUCCUUCAUUACAUGCACCCCCAUCUCCCCUUACACCUGCCUAUACCCCUGCCCCAGCUGUCACCCCCGGGCCACAACACCCGUCCACCCAGCACCUUUCUACCCAGCGCUUGUCCACGCAACAUCCAUCAAGCACCCAUCACUCAUCCCAGCAUUCUUCUCAACACCCAUCCACCCAGCACCCAGCCUCCCAGACCCCACCUGCCCCACACCCUUUGAUGGAAACAAAUCAUGGUGAUCACCACAACUCCAGAACCCCCAUAAGUAGCUUAUCCAUGACAUAUUCAAUGAGAGCAGACCCACAUGUAUCUCAGGCCCAGAUUAGGCAUGCUUUUCCUGCCUGUUCUGUAUCAGAAAAUCUCUCUGUGAAUGAUUCAAGAACAGAGGCGGCCUUGAGCUCGAAUUAUAUCAAGCCUCGAAAAAGUAGCUCUUAUUCUGUAUCCAGUAUCAUAGGAGAAACCAAUGAAAGAAUAGGUGAGAGAGGGAGUACUUUGUCUCAAGAGCCUCCCAGUAGUUACACAGGCCAAAGUCCGUCAAGAAGACAGCAGUCCCCUGCCACAAGACCAGUGACAACAGAGGUAUAUGAGCAGCAUAAUAGUGUUGCUGAACAAGCACAAGAUAACCAUUGCUCUCACACAGUGUCUCGGAUAACUAGUGAGGAGUAUUCAGUACAAGAUAGAGAAAUGACUCAAAAGGACCAAAUCAUGUCCAAUGAGCAGAAGCGUCAACAACAGCAUCAUCAUCAUCAUCAUCAUCUUCAUCAGCAGCAACACCAACAGCAGCAGCAGCACCAACAUCAGCAUCAGCAACACCAUCAACAGCACCAUCAUCAGCAUCAGCAAAAACAUCAACAUCAAUCAGAAGGACAAAAGAGCCUACUAGUAUCCCAUGGCACUAUUGACAGACACCCUGAAGAACCAAAAACUGCCUCGGCAGACGAUAUGAAAGAUAUGCCUGAGGACUUGUCACAACAUGCCUCAUCCUCCCCGGCACACACUUAUCCUGCUCUGUCCUCACAUAAUAUAUCUAGAGAUGACACCUCACUUGAACAUGAAGAAAUCCAUUGCGACAAGCAAGACAGUAAAGCCCAACAAAGUAGACACCAAGAAAAUACGCUAGAGUCUCGGGUGAACUCUCCCCCACAGCAGAAAGAAGAGGAGCAGAUUAGUGUUACAAUUUCCAAGCAGCAACAACUAAGUCCUCAGAAUAAUGUGAAUCAAGAGUCCAUAUUACACUCUGAUACAGUUACCUUGGCACCAAGGGAACAGAGCCAGCAACAGCGGAAACAGUCAUGGAGUCCAGCACAGCAGCAAAGCUAUGGACAGAUGUCACAACAGGCAAGUUACCAGCAGAAUGAACAACAACAUCAACAACAGCAGCAGCAACAACAGCAGCAGCAGCAGCAACAACAACAACAACAGCAACAGCAGCAACAACAGCAGCAACAACAACAGCAGCAGCAACAACAACAACAACAGCAACAACAACAACAGCAACAACAACAACAACAACAACAACAACAGCAACAGCAACAACAGCAGCAGCAGCCAGCACAGCAACAGCCAACCCAACAACAGCCACCACAGCACCAACAACAGCCACCACAGCAACAGCACCAGCAGUCAUCACAGCAACAACACCAGCAGGUGCCACAUCAAAUGCAACAGCCUUCGCAGAUGCACCAGCAGUCUCCACAACAACACCAACAACCACCACAGGCACAGCAACAGCAACAAUCACCACAGCAACAACACCAGACACAACAGCACCAUCCCACUCCACAACAACGCCAGCCACCACAGCAGAGUUAUCCUAGCUGGUCUGGUAGUGUAGGGUCAGGAUACUCUGGGCCCAGUGCUCAGUAUUCUUAUGGAUAUUCUCAGGGCAGCAGUGUUCAGUCUAGCACAGGAAGUUCACAUUCCCAGCCUCCAAUGGCAGCACAUAAGUCUUCAAAUUAUCACCCAAUGCAGAAUAAUUAUUCAGCACCAUAUGGUGGUCCACCAGGUGCUGGAUACCCCCCAGACUUAGCCAGUAGAGGGGCAUCAAGCCAACAGGGUUAUCCUCAGAGUCUGUGGUACACUGCUGGAGGUGCACGCAUGGAUUCUAAAACAGGCUGGAAUCUUUGGCCCAGCCAAGUUCAUCAGUCUUCAGGGUUCCCUCAGUCAUAUGGUCCUUAUUCUUAUCCAUCUUCCAGUCAGCAGCAGCAGCAGCAAAAAUCACAGUUGCAGCAGUCAUCACAGCAGCAGCAUCCACAGUCUUCUCAACUUCCACAGGCAUCACAGAAGCAUUCACAGCAAAUUCAGGCACCACAGCAGCAUCAGUCACAGUCUCAACAAAUACCAUCACAACAAAUGCUGCAGUCUCAGCAGGGUCAGAUACAGUCUCAUCCACCCCAGCCAGCUCAGUCUCAACCAUCACAGCCACGAACUCCGGCACCACCAUCACAAGCUCAUACCCAGCACCAACAACCACCAGCACAACCGCCAGCACAACCACCAGCACAACCACCAGUACAACUGCCAGCACAGCCACCAGCACAACCACCUCAGUCAUCUCCACAACAACAACAACAACAACAACAACAACAACCACAACUCACAUCCCAACAAUCCCAGCUACUUCCACAAUCUCACCCUCCACCACCCGAGUUGCAUCAACAAGAAGCCCAGUCUCAACCAUCAAAUAACCAACUUGAAGAGAUGACCCAGCAGGAUCUGGCCCAGCAGGAUCUGGCCCAACAGGAUCUGGCCCAGCAGGAGCAAACUGAAGAAGAACAAACUAAGCAAGAACAAACUCUACAUGAACAGGAAGAAACCCAGCAUGAUCAAAAACAGCAGGAUGAAAUCCCACAGGUAGAAAUAAAAGAGGAGCAAACACAGAAAGACCAAACCGAUGCUGAACAAACCCAAGAGGAACAAACUCAAAAGGAGCAAACUGAGCAGGAGGAAGCCCAGCAGGAAGAAAUUCAACAGGAGAGACUGCAGCAAGAAGAACUCCAGCAGGAGGAAGCCCAGCAGGAGGAAAUCCUGCAGGAAGAGAUCAAACAGGAAGAAACACAGCAGGAAGAAACCCAAGAAGAAGAAACCCAGCACGAAGAAUCUCAGCAGGAAGAACUACAGGAAGAAUCUCAUCCAGAAGAAAAUCAACAAGAACAACCAACAACCAGUCACAGUGGGGAGGAGGAAAGUGAUAGCUUUAGUCAGAAGUCAGUUGAGAAUAAUAGUACUUAUCAACACCAGGAAGAUCACAUCACAAAUAAUGCUCUUCCCAAAAAACCUCUGUAUAAAAUCGGUCCCAAAAGUAGAACUCUGGCUGCUAAACAGUAUAGUCAGAUAGAUGAUCUAGAGGACUAUAAAUGUACAAUAACAGUACAUGAAAAUGGUUCUGUUAAUGGUUACGGUGUUUUACCUACUCAUCCUCUGGCAGUCAAAAGUAAUUCACAGUCUUGUGAUUCAUCUGAUAGUGAAGUUAAUAGCGAAGAUGGUUUUCCAACUUUUGUGCAGCUAAGACCAGCCAAAAGACGCUGGAAGAGCCAGAGUCGGGAAGGAGUGUUCAUUGGGCCCAAACGUAUAAAACAGGCUCGUCUUGUGCGUGAGCGACAAGAGCGCCGCCAUCGCAGUCUCCAGGAGCAGCUACGACAGACAGAAUUAGAGGAAGAGAUUCAGGCAAUUAGAGUAGAGAAAUCCAGCGAAGAAGAUGGCCCACUUGGCAAUAUGUUAGUUCAGUCAUCCAUAAUCUUGGCAGAUUCACAGAUGGAGGAGCAGGACAAUGUAGAACAGUGUAUUGCCUCAAUCAAAGCCCAACAGCUGGCCAUUAAUUCUUCAGAUAUCAAUAAUGACUUAGAAAAUUGUGAUAAAUCAUCCUUUAAUGCAUCUGGACAAAUAGUUGGGAAAAAAGCUAAGAAAUCACACACAAGCAAGGUGUUCCACAAUGAAAACUCAGUGAUCAUCAAACACCUUCCUUCCACAGUGUCUAAACGGAAACUUAGGGCCAAAGACUUUAAGUGGAGUCAUUACAUCAAAUCUAUGAGAUAUUGGUGUAGUGACUGUGGCCAUGGCUUUAAGAAUCAGAAGGAAGUAUCCUCACAUUCUGAAGACAGGUGCAAGUGGAAUUGUCUCUACAUGCUCGAGUGCUACGUCAUUGUUAAAGAUGUUCAGUCACAUCCACAUUAUGGACCCAAGGUCCAAGAGCUUCUUGAGGAGUAUCAAGUGGAUGGGCAACACAAGUGCAAGACAUGUGGAGAGAUUAUAGCCCGUAAAGCAGACUUCCUGGUGCACGUCGACUCCCACAAAGACUUCAUGCCAUGGGAGUGCACCAUCUGUGGCACACGUUUCAAGAUCAGAGGCUCUCUUAAGGAGCACCUGCGUUACACGCACAUGAAAGGUCGUGUACCGUGCCUCAAGUGCAACAAGGUGUUCCCCACCUCUACACUACUGAGACAGCAUGUUAAGGUGCACACUCAACACUACAAGUACAAAUCCACAAAGAAUCGCGACGAGGAAUUGAAAGCGGCCAUGGAAGCCACUGCCGGUGCUCUGGAUCCCAAUGCAGAAGUGGUGGAAGACGAGGUCGAAAAGCUCUCUGACGAGGCCAAUGAGUACAGGAACUGGUGCAAGCUGAUGGAGCUCAAUGCCAUGAAGAACAUUGGUGUCAACUCUAACACCCCUCCUUCAGAGGAAAAGAAGAAAAUUGGAACUUCCAGUUAGUGUUGGUUGUGGGUGUUAGGCAGUGUUUUGAAUGCAUGCUUGGAGAAGGAGCUUAUUGGUGGUACUAGUGGAGGAGCACACAGCCAUGACACAGUCCUCAGUCCAAGUUAGACAUUAACGUGUGUAUGUGUGGUUCGCCAACCCUCAGGAAGGGACUUCUCUUGUGUUCAUUGUGACAUGGAAAAUAUAUUCUAAGGGUUCCUUUCGUAUGCUGAGGCAGAAAUGUGAGUAUUCUAGAAAGAAUGUAUAGUGUUUAGUUGCACCCCUUUAGAAAAUGUGAGAAAAUUUGCUAGAGGUACAUAAUAUUUAGAAAAAAAAUUAUUUCAUCUUUUUGAAACAGGAAGAGCAAUAAUGAUAGUAUAAAUGUGGUAAGUUAAAAUACAGGGCAGUUAACUACCUUGAAAGCCUACUUAGAAUACAGUAAAAAAAAUGGUUACUGUUUGAGUUACUGUAUAAAUGAAAAAAAGGAAAUUAUAAAUGAUAAUCUUAAAUCAAGAUAUAUUGGUGCGAUAAUUAUAAGUUAGUAUAUGAAUCAAGUGUUCAGUGUAUCUUCAUGUAGUGCAACAGAGAAAGCAAAGCUAACCAGGGAUGAAAUAGAACUUAAUACUAUCACUGGACUGUCUGCCUUUGUACCUCUGAGUGCCAUAGAACUGUGAUUGUGGUGCAGAUCUCGGUGCAUGAGUCCAUUGUGGACUUAAAAAAAAAACAUUCUCAAGGCAGGGGUUGAUGUUUUAUAUACAGCACAGGAAUCUCAGUAAGGUCCACCAUGCUCGUCUCCAAGACAAAUGUGUGGGUGACUUCAUGUUUAUAGCAGCUUCAUAUCACAUGUUUGUACAUAAUGACAGUGUGUGAGUAGUUAAUGUAAGUGACCACCAGUGUUGUGCUUUGUUUGUCUAAUUAAUUAUAGAGAUUUAAAGUGUUCAAAGAUAGGGACUUUUAACUUAGGUUUUUAUUUGUACUUAUGAUUGUUUUCUACUACAACAUAAUUUGUGGUUUAUAGGCUAUUUUUUUUUUUUUUUCUAAAAUAGUUGUGAACUGAAAGCAUUUACAUUUAUGCAGGUUUUGUGUAUCUGCAUAUAGCAUUUAUGAACAGCAGGUAAUUUGCUUUUAGAUAUGUUGCCUAAGCUUAUAGCUUCUAUUAUCUAAUGCUAGAGACAAGUGUACAGGUGCAAUGUAAGUAUCUCGGUGCUGUGCUUCUUGGCUACUGUUGGUUACAGAGCAAACAGGGUGAAUUACGUUAGGAGUUAAAGGUUUAUCAGGUUAAUUUUUAUUUCUACAAUAUUUGAUAAGAUAUUUAUUUGCUUAGCUGACAGUUAUAGGCAGUGUACACAACCUGUCUUUUCAUCCCAUAAGUUGAUGAAUGGUAGUAAAUAUGGAUGAGGCUUGUAGUAUGAAUGAUUUGUUGAUGUGAAUGCCAUUGUUGUUGUCUGUGUGACUGACAUAUCAUUGAGAACAUCAAGUGAUAUGCACAUACUCUAGACAGUUUUUUUUUUUUAAACAGAAAUUCCACUAAAGGUUCCUAAAAAUAAUACUUAGGAAAAGAUCACCUCAGAACAUAGAUAUGUUAUUGUUCCUUUAGUUUUCUGUCAUCAGUGGAUUUCAGUUGCCCGCUACUCAAGCCAUUUUAGUUUACACACUGUUGUCCCUUUUUGCAGUCUUGUAUGAGCACUGACUGAUCUGUGGCCAGAAAUAUGCAUCUGACAUAUGGCAGUCUUUUUUUUAUUAGCCAUUCUUUGAUUUUAUGAAGUGACAGUUGAGAUCAGUGGGCAAGAGAAAAUCCAAAUAAAAAAAAACCAAAACUAGUAUCAAUGUACUAUGUCACACUGUUCUUCAGGGCAAGGGACAUUUCUUGUUCAUUCCAUAUGAAAAGGACAUGUCACAUGAAACAGUAAUACUGGUUCUGUUGAAUAUUUAUUUUUCUUAUUGUGAAAAUAUCAUAAGGGUCACUAUUUUCAAUUUGCUUUAAAGCUAGCUAUUCAGUCAAUUUAAGGCAUACUUUAUUCAUAAAAUUAUCCAAAUGUUUACUGAAAUUUCCACUUUAAAACUAUAAUCAGGUAUCAUGAUAGGCAGUAAAUUUUAUUUUUAGAAUCAAACCCCUUAGUUUUAAAGCCCGAAACCUACAUCAGAAUUUGACAAUUUAGAACUUUUCCUCUUGAAAAUUUACAUUUGUAAUUACUCUGUGAGAGAAAUUCUCUGUUGAACUUAUCAGUGAUUUACAUUUGACUUCCCAGGUGUGAAAAUGGAAUAACACAUCAGCUGGCAAGGUAAACCUUAAAUGACAUUAUUUCUUUAGUUUUAACAUCAGAAGUACAGUAUAAAGAAUAAAAGUUUAUCUCGUGCUACAUUUCCAUGACUGGUUUUGAGAGAGCUUCUAAUUCUGCAACAACCCUUUCUGAGCCCAGAUUUUCCUGUUGACUUCAUGAAGAUGUUGGCUCUACUUCAUGAAAACUUCAGCUCCUCUUCUGAAAGUAUUUCUUGUACCUGUUUGUAGAAGAAUCUUCAACUACAGUUAUUGACACUCAAUUCUCUAAUUUUUCUUAGGACAUCUUUGCAUUUUUUUUUACUGGAUUUCUAUACUUCUCUCUUUAUCUCUCACUCUAGUGAGAGUGGUUGUAGCAGUGUGUGUACUAGAGACCUGGCCACUACUCUCUAGAGUACAUUCCAGGUCCUUUGAGUUGUUCCUGGUUGUAAAGAUAUUUUAUUGAUUCCAGCUUGAGCUUGGUCUUGGAUGGGCCUAAAUAUUUAAACUUUCUUCACCGAAUUGUGGGUUAAUAGUGAAUUGCUCAAGCCAUAGUACAGGAUUGUGACUUGUAUUUGGCAUAAAUGCAGAGGAGUUAAUCAUUGUUUUGAAGAUUAUAUCUUGUGGAAGGCCCAAUGAACCCUAAUGGAAAAAGAAGCAACACUGCUUGAAUUUCUUGAGAUAGCUGAGGUUAAUAAUCCAGUAAUCAAAAUGAAGUAGUCAUAUUCUUGGCAGUGAAAGUGUCUGCCUCAAUCUGCAGUUAACCUUCCUAUUCAUCAUUUGUAUGUUAACCUGAAACCGGGGAAAAACAUAUGGAAUAUUUAUCCUGUUUAGCAUCUUUUAAAUUACUAGAGGUUUAUAUGUGUAUUCUCAGAAGCAAUACAAAAGCAACAUAUAUUUGUGUAAGUAAGUCAUCAUUGCAUCAUUGAGAGAAUCAUUCAUUCUGCGUUGA